AAAGAGAAUCUGAUUUAUCUACACCACGCCACCGGCCAUGACUUCACACACCAAUUUUAUAUUACUUUCUCACUAGAUUGCAAACGAACAGUGGCGAUCUUUAUAGUUACGCUUAUCCACUCUUGAAGAAUCAUCUCUAGGCUUUUACUAAAACAAAAAUCGUCUACUGGAACUUGGUGGGCAGAUUUUUCUUGAACAUGAUGGGAACUUGGAGUAGGAUUUACGAUGGAGGAGAUCUCGAAGCUGUUGUGAGAGGCAGCACACUUGUUUGCGCUACAGCUUCCUCUACUGAUGCUUCUUGUUAUUACAAUGAUCUGCUCACGAGAUCUGGAUGUUCCUUGGAAAAUCAUGAUAAGGGUGUGACCCAAAGCAAGGAUCAUGCUUCUGAAAGUUUUGUUCCACUCAAAGAUGAACACGCUAGUGAUCAGGAUAAGCCCACUAUCUUAUCACCUCCACAAGAACACAAGGCUGCUGUUACUUUAGAUGCCUCUUCUAACAACAAAGUAGUCCACAGCAAUUCGGCCACUGUUAAAAUCGAGCCCAAUGUCCACAAUUUAACCAGGUUACCCGGCAUUAGAAGAAGGAAGAGUCAACAAAGACGAAUUAUGUGUGUUCCUGCUGCAGGAGGGUUGUGGAAUAAGCACGGUGGCGGUGGAGUACCCUCUGACCUCUGGGCAUGGCGUAAAUAUGGACAGAAGCCCAUCAAAGGCUCCCCUUACCCAAGGGGGUAUUACAGGUGUAGCAGUUCGAAGGGGUGUCCAGCGAGGAAGCAGAUUGAGCGCAGUCACACAGAUCCCACUCUACUUGUCAUCACAUACACUGCAGAGCACAAUCAUGCCUGGCCCGCCUGCCGAAACGCACUUGCACGGUCUUCAAGACAAAGUGCACUCCGUAGCAACACCCAUGAAUUGUCUGUCCCUGUACUUCAUCAUGACUCAUCACCUCACUCCUCUGCAAAACUUUCUCCUGCUCCCACAUACGUGGCGGAUGGAUCGGCCUCGGCCCCACAUUCAGAAGACAAGAUGGAACUGCACUGUGUUCAAAAUCAGCAGGAUGAUUCUGCCGGGAUAGAUCAAGAUUUGGGUUUUAGGGCUGACCACGAUUUAUUUGCAGGUCUAGGAGAGCUCCCGGAAUUAUACCCAAAGGAUUUCACAUUACAUUCUGAUGAUGAAGCUCCCAGCACUGUGAUUGAUCCGUUUGAUCUCUUCAAUUGGGCUCCUUUGGCUAACAAUACACCCAAUUCGUGACUUACUAGCGGCUCAAAUAUCUGGUACUAAUUAAUACUCUCUCUUCUAGUUCUGCUUAGUAUUGUGCAUUCACCCACCAAUUAUAAAUCAAGGUUUGACCCAAUUCUCCAUUGCCACUAUAGUUGUUUUUUACUGUAUUUAAAACAGUUUCCAAAUUUUCGUCCUUCUGAAGAAAAUCCAAGUCAUUGAGUCCCACAGACCAUGACUGGCAUGCUUCUGCCAUUCACAGUAACAACUUACCAGUGAUAUGAGCUCUUCCCGGAUGGAUUAAAUAGCUUUCAAGUGGUCGACUAGGGCACAGCUCAAAGGAAUAUGCAAAAAGUAUAGUUGUCUCAAUUUUGUUCUUUCUAUUACUUAAGCAGUGUUACUACCUACUAACUGUAUUCAAGAGAAUCUACGAGAAAUGGAUAAUUUUAGUAAUUUGAACAUCUUUAUACUUGAUUUCUCAGACAGGACCACCCAUUUUGCCAUCA